CACUUCCGAUUGGACGGAAAGUGAGGCUUCGUUUGUCAUUGGUCACGUGAUUUCUACGUUGCCAUUACAAGCCUCGAAUUUAUGCUCGGCACAAGCUCCGAAGCCUCGGUUCAAAUGUCACAUCACUAGUAUAUAGCGUGUAGUUUACCAGCAAAGUGCACAAUGUAACUGCGUGAGUUCAGGCAGACAAUGGCGUUGAGAGGACUGAACGCCUGUGCUCGUAUUAUACUGACCGAUGCGUCCAGAGCAGCAGUAGGAGCCCUACAGUCAGACUGUUUAAAAUGUCGACAUGGAGCCAAACGUCAUCUCUUGUCUGAAGAUGUGGUGAAGCUGCAGGAUUUUCAGCAGAAGAAAAUUGCUGUUGCCCACAGAGUCUCAGGAUCAAAAGGUUAUUAUUUUGAGACAAUACAUCGGAAAAUAGAGAAAAAUGAGCUAAUUUUAAAGGAGGAAUUGAAAAUACUUCUGCAUUUAUGCCAGUCUGCUGAAGAUGUUAUUAUGGCAAGAAAUGCCAUUUACAGGUACCAUAAAGAGAAUAGUAACAUGGCAUUUGGGGAAUUCAAGUUUGGCCCUCUUUUCAUGAGGUUAUGCUAUGAACUGGGUUUAGAGGAGCUGGCAGCCACAACUCUGACAGAUCCAGCUCUCAAAGGAUUCUUUCCAGACUCGACAUCCUUUAAUAUUGCCAUUGACAUGCUUUUCACUAAACAGUGCUACGAAAGUUGCCUGGACGUGGUGGGAGAAAUGAAAAAACAAGGAGUGCCGUUCAACAAGGACACCUUCAUACUAGCCUUUGCUACUUGUUACAAACUGAACACCUCAAUGUCGUAUCAUAUCUGUUUGACUUUGUUGGAAGAAGGUCAGACAAAAGGCAUUCUCAUCCCUCGACAUGCCUAUUGCUUUGCAACUGCUCUUGCUCUCAAACAGAAUGAUAUAGAGAGAGCCCAGAUAUUCUACUCACAGAUCAUGAGCACGGACAGUCGGCUAUGUCUGAACCUGAGAGUUCUCAUAUUGGCUAUGAAAGGGUCCAUGAAAGAGGCGAUCUCUGCUCUCACAACAGCCCAAGUGUCAAAGACUCCAGUGUUUGUGAAGAAAACAGAGUUCUCUCAGGAAGUGGUUAAUGAAUUGAGGAAGAAGAGUGCUGAUGGGCUGUGGGAGGGACGUGUGGAGCAGGUGCUGAGACGGUUAGAGGAGGCCGGUCAGAUCACCAAAAAGACCCUUGAUGAUUUCUUGUGUCAAACUCCCUCUAGGAAAAGGAGGCCUCUGGGAAUAUUGGAGCAAGAAAGAAACAUCAGCCGAAGGACUCUUAAACAUCUGCAGUCUGCACUACUGUUAGAGUGAAUCCAGUGAGAGUUCAAGACUCUCAGCUUUGGUGUAUUAUAUUACAAGAGUGAAGGUGUAUUCUUGAUCUGCACACUCAUGCUCAGGCUUUGGCAUCAUAUACCUCCUGCUGUUUUAAGCCAGUUACUGUUGUUUUGAGUUGUUGAAAUCAAGUAAGGAAUUGAAUCACUUUAAUAAAGUUAUGUUCCUUUAAUUUGG